AUGAACCUUAACUUUGCAAGCACAUCUGUUCCUACCAACACUCAGAUUGGUAAUGUUUUGAUCAAUGCAUCUUCAAUCGUCAGCGGCUUCGACAUUGAAGGCAGCUCCAUCACCGUGAAUGGCAUAGCUUCAAGUGGAUACAAUUAUAACACCUGUUACUACAACAACAACGACGGCUCCGACUACAACAUUGGCAACUCCGACGGCGACAACAGUGGCCCCGUCGACGACAACAGUGGCUCCGUCGACGACAACGCCAGAUCCUACAACAAUAACGCCGGACCCUACGACAACACCACCUGCUCCUACAACGACAACUCCUGCUCCUACAAUGACAACUCCUGCUCCUACAACGACAAACCCUGCUCCUACAACGACAACCCCUGCUCCUACAACGACAACCCCUGCUCCGACAACGACAACAUCGGCUCCAACUACAACAGCCUCGACGCCAACUACAACACCUGCCCCAACCACAACAACCCCGGCGCCAACUACAACAAUACUUGCCCUAGCCACAACAACACCGUCUCCCACUACAACAACUCCAGCUCCCACAACGACAACUCCUGCUCCUGCAACGACAACGUCUUCCCCAACCACAACAACACCAGCUCCAGCUCCCACUACGACAACCCCUGUUCCUACAACAAUCCGACUACAACCACUCCUGCUCCCACAACAACAACCCCUGCUCCAACAACGACAACCCCAGCUCCAACAACGACAACUCCUGCUCCAACUACCACAACCACUGCUCCUACAACGACAACCCCGGCUCCAACUACUACAACCCCUGCUCCAACUACGACAACCCCGGCGCCAACCACGACAACCUCCGACUACGACAACACCGGCUCCGACUACGACAACCCCUGCUCCUACUACGACAACCCCUGCUCCUACUACGACAACCCCUGCUCCAACUACGACAACCCCGGCUCAAACUACGACAACCCCUGCUCCUACGACCACAACCCCUGCUCCUACAACCACAACACCUGCUGCAACUACAACAACUCCUGCUCCAACUACGACAACACCGGCUCCGACUACGACAACACCGGCUCCGUCUACGACAACACCGGCUCCGACUACGACAACUCCUGCUCCUACAACAACAACACCGGCUCCAACUACGACAACCCCUGCUCCAACAACAACAACACCUGCGCCAACCACGACAACGCCUGCCCCAACCACGACAACUCCUGCUCCCACAACAACAACUCCAGCUCCGACAACAACAACACCGGCUCCCACUACAACAACCCCGGCUCCCACUACAACAACUCCAGCUCCCACUACAACAACCCCAGCUCCGACUACCACAACCCCUGCUCCCGACUACCACAACCCUCCUGCUCCUACAACUACAACACCUCUCAAACUACAACAACCCCUGCUCCUACAACCACAACCCCUGCUCCUACAACCACAACUCCUGCUCCAACUACAACAACCCCUGCUCCUACAACCACAACACCAGCUCCGACUACGACAACACCUGCUCCGACUACGACAACACCUGCACGACAACCCUGCACGACAACGACAACACCGCUCCGACAACAACAACACCGCUCCAACAACGACAACCCCAGCUCCGACAACGACAACACCUGCUCCAACUACAGCAACAUCAGCUCUGACUACGACAACCCCUGCUCCGACUACCACAACCCCUGCUCCUACAACGACAACAACUGCUCCGACUACGACAACACCAGCUCCGACUACGACAACUCCUGCUCCUACGACAACAGAGGCUCCGACUACGACCACUCCUGCUCCUACAACUACAACACCUGCCCCGACCACAACAACACCGGCUCCCACUACAAAAACCCCUGCUCCAACUACAACAACCCCGGCUCCAACUACAACAACCCCAGCUCCAACUACGACAACCCCUGCUCCUACUACGACAACCCUGGUGCCGACCACAACAACACCUGCCCCAACCACGACAACAUCGGCUCCCACUACAACAACUCCAGCUCCGACAACAACAACUCCAGCUCCGACUACGACAACACAGGCUCCGACUACGACAACACAGGCUCCGACUACGACAACACAGGCUCCCACUACAACCACUCCUGUUCCCACUACGACCACUCCUGCUCCCACUACGACAACCCCUGCUCCAACAACGACAACCCCUGCUCCAACAACGACAACCCCAGCUCCAACUACGACAACACCAGCUCUGACUACGACAACUCCUGCUCCUACAACAACACAGGCUCUGACUACGACCACUCCUGCUCCUACAACGACAACCCCUGCUCCAACAACGACAACCCCAGCUCCAACAACGACAACCCCAGCUCCAACAACGACAACACCUGCUCCGACUACGACCACUCCUGCUCCUACAUCUACAACACCUGCCCCGACCACAACAACACCGGCUCCCACUACAACAACCCCUGCUCCAACUACAACAACCCCGGCUCCAACAACCACAACCCCUGCUCCUACUACAACAACCUCCUGCGCCGACCACAACAACACCUGCCCCAACCACGACAACACCGGCUCCCACUACAACAACUGCAGCUCCGACGACAACAACACCGGCUCCCACUACAACAACCCCGGCUCCAACAACCACAACCCCUGCUCCUACAACCAUAA